AGAUAGUGUGUGCAUUGAAUGUGUUGUUUAUGUAUAAUUUAAACCGCGAUUACAGAGUGUUUAAUACAUUAAAUAAUCCAUUAAUUAGUGAAUCAGUAAAUUGUUUGCCGACAACAGGACUGACAGCCCAUAGACUGUUACUAUGGGUUCCGCUUCCAGACUAUUACUACUCCGGAGAGGAGAUCACGACUCGAGACUCACCGAAGGCUUCGAAGCGCUUCUGGACAAGGAGUUGAUGACCGACGUGUCGAUCACUUGCGGCCAGAAUAUAGUGCGGGCGCACCGGACAGUGCUGUCCAUCUUCUCGCCAUUCUUCCGGCGUGUGUUCGACUCCAUACAGAAUCCUCUGCACUACCCGUUCGUUGUGCUCAAAGACAUGCCGUACGCCGACCUCCGGGCCAUCAUUGACCUGAUGUAUAGGGGAGAAGUCACUGUCACUCAGGACCGGUUCCCGUCGCUCAAGAGAUCGGCCAAAACGCUGGAAGUGAAAGAGUUGUCAGACAUUAUCAGUUCCUACGAACUGAAGAACGAUAUCAAACCCGCGGUCGACGACGAGACGGGUCCGGCGGCGUUGGCGGCGGCCAACACUUCCGGUCGCAAUGCCCGCAAACGCGGUCGUCCGCGCCGUUACGACGACUCCCGCGACAAUAGCGCCGAAGACGAGGACCUGAAGCCGAUAUUCACGACACCCGGACCGCCGACCAAACGACAACAGGUGCUGAUGUCCAAGAAUACGAGUCAGAGUCAGUCGGCGGGUAUGACUGCCACUAGUCGUGGCGGACUUUUUGUGAAACAGACCGCAUCCAAGUCGACGACACCGCGCGGCGGAGGCGUUGGCGGAACUAAUGCCGUGGUCUCCAGAGGUGGCAGCCAUUCAUAUGUGACGUUCACAAAGCCACAGAUCGCCACCCGUGGCGGCGGUGUCGCUAAGUCGGCCGGUCCGGCCUCCAGAGGUCGUGGUAUUAGAUUUGUUCCGCACGACACGGACACCGAUCCCAACGACGAAGACUACGACCCGUCGGCCGACUCAGGCGGGGGUUACAAACGCGGGCCGUAUGUGAAGAGGGGUCGGCCAUCGAAACGACUGUCCAAUGAUUAUCCUUUGGCCAGUAAUAUGCUCUCGUCGUCGUCUUCAUCGGCGGUCUCGUCACCAAUGGAUCUGCAAAACAUAUUCCCCGAUCAGUCAUACAUCGCCAGCGCCGCCGAUCGGCCAAUCAAGAUAGAGCUCGACUCGGACUCGGAUGUCGAGUGCAUACUGUCGGCCACGAGUCCACUGCCCAGCGGUGAUCCGGUCGACGAUACGCCCGAAGGCGUGCCACAGCCGACACUCGAAGGGGUCGCACAGCCGAUACCUGAAGAGGUUGCACAGCCGACGCCAGAAGAACCCAGAUUUACGGAACUGUUGCCGACUGAGUCCGCGACUCAUGAGUUGACCGCUACUGAUGAUCAAAAUAAUCAAAUGCUGACCACUUCUGAGCCAACUUUAGACACGUCCGCCGACAGCACUACCGAAAUGCCCGCUAAUGUGUACAUCAAAACCGAAAGGCCAGACACUCCUCCUGUAGACCAGUCUAUGGACACAUCAGUUGAUGAAACACCUGUUACGGAACAGACAGCAGCUGUACAGUCAACAACUGCCGAAGAUAUUACAGCAAACACUGAUCCACAGCCGGUCACCAAUCAAACGGCUGGUAAUGUAGACACUAAUAGUGAACAACAACCGAAUGCUGAAUUGGCAGCGAGUUCUUCGGCAGAACCAAGCAGUUCCGCAUCUCAAGAGAUCACUGAAUCUGUGGCGACGACCACAACGACCACUAGUUUGGAUCCGAAUAUUGUGGUCAAAACGGAAAGACCAAACUCUCCGUUCGACGACGAGUUACAGACAUUCAUCAAUGAAUUGGACGAACAAUACGAAGAGCCCAUCGCUGAUACCACUACUGCGGCCGCUGUCGUCGCCAAUGACCAGCAAAUAGAUAAUGCCAUUCCUCCACAUCAAUCAGACACAACUAAUGCAACACUAGUGACAGCACAGCCACCGGCGAUCACAUCCGCUCCAGUGUUGAUGACUCGGACGGCGCCCACAAUAAUCACGUUAAACAAUAACCAGACAAUUAGCGCACCGAUCAUCAGGUUUAUCAAAACAGAGAGAUCUUCAUCACCGCCACCAUCACAGCCGUCAUCACAACCUCCUGUUAUCACCACUCAGUCGACGACCACUUUUCAGACACCAUCGCAAUCGUCCGAAGAGGCAAUACUUAUUGACGACCAGGAGAUGGACACCACCGGCGAUACCAAUGUAUUGGCCGACGCUGUGAACACCGAGAGCUGUAAUCGGCCGCCAAUUGGUUCCCAAAACACCGAUUCACUCAUCGAUGAUAUCGAUUUGGAUCUGGAUUUUGCAAUGACUGAUAGCAAUGGGAACAGCUCUGGAGGCGCUUCUGGGGAUGGCAACAGCGGUCAGUCAUCUACUACUAUAGCCAAUCAUUUCUCAUGA